AUGCGAAUCUUGUUUAUCGGUGAUGCGUUGAUAAGAUGGAUUAGAAACUCAAGUAUCAGUGGUGAUUCUGUGGAGUCUGGAGAGUCCAAGACUGAUUUCACCACUUGUUCAAGCUUGCCAGAACAUUUCUCUUUAAACAACGGGAUUUGUUCCAACGAGUCCAAAACUUCCACCAAGUCCUCAGGCACGGUGGUCAAAACAGACUGGAUGCCAUACUCUCCGUCAAUACACGCGGUCAACCGCUCACUUAACGUAGACAUGGCUUAG